UUGUUUUCCAGGAAGGAAGAAGAUAUCGAAUUUUGCUCUUUCUACUUUUCGAUUCUCUCUCGAUCGAGAGGAGAAAAAGACAGAGAGGCACGGUGACACGCUGCUUUCACAGAAUUUCCCCAACCGACAGACAAGCUUCGCGGAUUCAGGUUUUUCUAUGAUUCGAUCCAUUUCUUAAGAACUCUGCAUUUUAUUCCUUGUAAAAUCUUCCUCCUAGCUCCUUUCUUCAAUUUUCGAUUUUUGAUUUAUAUUGUUUCAAUUUUGGAUCAUAUCUUUUUAUUUCUUGUGAAUCGGGUCUUUGUACUUGGUACCUCUAUGUAGCAUUUUUGGCUUCUGUACAAAUCUGAUUUCACCUGUAUGCAUACGACUCAAUCUAAAAGAACCCAAGUUUUGGAUUUUCCUCUGCUUUGGAGCUCAAUUUUCUUUACAUUCUGAAAAAAAAAUCAUCUUUUUAUGGAAAUGUUCAAUUUUUGUAGUUGUUUGUAUCGUCCGAGUCUUAAUACUUAUGAGAGAUCAUGUCUUUGCAGAUGGCGUCAUGCUAAUAUGACUAAAUGAGAUUCUGGGGAUUAAGUUUAAGUGGGAAGGCUGUAAUAGUUCCUAAUGGGGAUAAAGUACUUGCCCGUCUCCGUAGCAUCAACAGCUCUCAGCUUUGUUGGACUUCAAGUCUGGACAGAGUUGUCUCUCGAUAGACUUCGAGCAGAUGGGCUGAUUGCCAAGAACAUUUCUUUAGGAGACUCUGAGCAUGCGCUUGAGCUGCUUCUGGGCUCUUAUUUCACUAUUGCGCUGCUUACAAAUUUUGUGCUCAAUGUGUAUAUUCUUCUGGUACUUUCUCUCAAGACUCUAUUUUUUGGAGAUUUAUAUGAUGUUGAAACCAAAAAGUUGGUGGAGCGACUUGCCAAUUAUAUCAUAUACAAGGGUACGUUUCUACCACUGGUGAUUCCCCCAACAAUAUUUCAGGGUGUACUGUGGACAGUUUGGUUGACUGUUCUAUGUACUUUAAAGAUGUUUCAAGCUUUGGCUAGAGACCGGCUUGAACGAUUGAAUGCAUCUCCUUCUUCUACACCUUGGACAUACUUUCGUGUGUAUUCAGUGCUAUUCUUGGUCCUCUCUGUUGAUAUGUUCUGGAUAAAACUUUCCCUUAUGACAUACAAUACAAUUGGUUCCGCUGUGUAUCUGUUGUUACUUUUUGAGCCAUGCAGUAUAGCUUUUGAGACCUUGCAGGCGCUGUUAAUUCAUGGGUUUCAGCUGCUAGAUAUGUGGAUUAACCACUUAGCAGUUAAGAACUCAGACUGCCAAAGAUCUAAGUUUAUUGAUUCUAUGACAGCAGGCUCACUGUUGGAAUGGAAAGGCCUCCUCAACCGUAACCUUGGUUUCUUCCUGGACAUGGCUACUUUGGUAAUGGCACUAGGUCAUUAUUUGCACAUUUGGUGGCUGCAUGGCAUUGCCUUUCAUCUGGUGGAUGCAGUUUUGUUUCUCAACAUACGUGCAUUGCUAAGUGCAAUUUUGAAACGAAUAAAAGGAUACAUUAAACUAAGAAUAGCUCUGGGUGCUCUCCAUGCAGCCCUCCCUGAUGCAACUUCUGAAGAGUUAAGGGCAUAUGAUGAUGAAUGUGCUAUAUGUCGGGAACCUAUGGCUAAGGCUAAAAGGCUUCACUGCAACCACCUUUUCCAUCUUGGAUGCCUGCGAUCCUGGUUGGAUCAAGGUCUAAAUGAGGUUUAUUCUUGUCCUACAUGUCGUAAGCCUCUUUUCGUUGGUAGAACUGAAAAUGAGGUGAACCCUCGCACAGUGGAAGUCUCAAGUGAUGAGCAGUUAGCCCGUCAGCUUGAAAGACAAAACAAUCCUGUACAUGCACUAGCCACUGGAUUAUUUCCUGCUGAGGUGCCAGAUUCUGUCGAAAAUGAUACUUCGAGGAAUUUAGGAUUGGAUCCAAGUUGGCUGCAGACAUGGUCAAGUCAGGGUUCUGAUGUCGCUGGUCCUUCUACCACUUCCAGGACAGUUGGACUUGGGCGGGUUCAGAUGAUGAUGAGGCAUCUUGCAUCUGUUGGCGAAAGCUAUGCUCAAACUGCACUUGACGAUGCUGCUUGGAGUCUAUGGCCGAUGAACCCUUCACAAGCAUCCACUUCUUCUACAACUGUACCUCCUGGUAAUGGUGGAAGGACAGGUGGUCUGCAUCUGAGAACUGUAUCAAACACGACAAAUGAAAGCUUAACAAAUAUACUAGCUAUGGCCGAGACAGUGAGGGAAGUCAUGCCACACGUGCCCGAUGAAAUUAUUUUCCAGGACCUGCAGAGAACAAACUCUGUUGCUGUUACCGUGAACAAUCUUCUCCAGAUGUGAUGAUAGUUUGUGUAAAAUAUACUAAGCACUUCCAUUUCAACCUUAGGUAUAGAUUAAUGAUUGGGGACAUAUCCUUAUCCGUAAGUUUUACACACCACCCAACAUUCCAAGCUUCACCCGCUGUAGAUAUAAGGCACUGUGUAUCACUUUUUGCUAUAGAGAAGAAGAGGCUCUAGUGUAUAGCUUCUGUUCAUUGCUCUCUUGCGAAAAUAAGUUCGGAUAUUUACAUAAGGUGAUGAUGCCCUGGUGGUCUGGAGAUAUCUUGUUGCAGUCUGACCUUGGCUCCAAUCUCGAGGGAGAGUAACCACUCUUUGCAGCUGCUCUUUUGGCUGCUGCCACCUCUCCUGUAUAAGAAUGUGUAAUUUACAAUAAAGAAAAAAGAAGUAAAUGAAAGAGUCUACUGUUAUUGAUCCAAUAGCCUGUAAUGUAGUAUCAUCAAAUGUGUGAACUCAAUUUUUUUUUCUUCUGAAGAAUUAUCUUCCUACAUUAACUCUAUACCCGUUUUGACGAACGGAUAAACAGUGAAGAGACAAAUUAACAUAUAAAAUAUAAUUUGUCAUAA